UCAGCUCGGUAUAGGUUGCCUUGAUGUCGUCCAUGUUCUUCACAGCCCGGUCCAGACCGUGGAGGAUAGUUGUUCCGUGUUUUGCAACCAUCGGAUUUCCAGAGAUAGCAGCGGCGUUGUAGAGGUUUCCAAAGUUACCGAAAUACCUCUGAGUCCAGGGGUAGACGAUCAGACACCUGAGGGAACACGUAAACACAUAAAUGUUACAGGCUUGGACUAGGAGAGGGUGUAAUCUGUGCGCCAAGAAAAUUAACAUUUGUGGAGGAGGUUCUGGGUGUGUCCAUGCUCUGUUUCAAGCAUAAAACCCCUCUCGGUUUGGCCUCAUUGUGGCAUUCAGCAAAACUCAAUCAACCGACAAGAUGACUACACUCACUGCUAAGGACAAGGACGCAGUCAGAACCUUCUGGGCUAAAGUGUCUGGAAAGGAGGAGGACAUCGGCACCGAUGCUGUGGCUAGGAUGCUGGCGGUGUACCCGCAGACUAAGACUUACUUUGCCCACUGGAAGGACCUGAGCCCCAGCUCUCCCUCUGCGAGGAAGCACGGAAUAACUGUGAUGAAAGGAGUUGCAGAUGCUGUGUCCAAAAUUGACGACCUGAAAGGAGGUCUUCUGACCCUCAGUGAGCUGCAUGCCUUCACUCUGCGUGUGGACCCUGCCAACUUCAAGAUUCUCUCUCACUGCCUCCUUGUGGUCCUGUCCAUCAAGUUCCCCAACGACUUCACCCCUGAGGCACAUGUCGCUCUGGACAAGUUCCUGGCUGCUGUGGCUCUGGCCCUGGCUGAGAAAUACCGAUAAACAGCAGGAGAAGA